GGCUACGGGCCUGCGGUUUUUUUUUUUUUUUUUUUUUGUGGGGUUUUUAUUUUAUUUUAUUUUAUUUUUAAAGAAAAGCAAUGACAGUUUCACUAGUGGAAGAAGUUUGAUACUCUGUUAAUGAUAAAAUAACGUGGAAGGGAACAAGCAUCCUACAAUAAGGCAUACGAUCAUCUGUAGCUGAACUUCUGCUGCUACAAAACUGCAAUCCAGAUUUCCUGAUCUAGCAAAAGAUAAUCCCUCUUGUCUAUAUUCAACUAUUACGUUUGCUUAAAUACAUUCUACCACUAUAAAAAAACGAAAGAGACAGAGAGAAAGAAGUAGAAAUGGCUUAUGCAGAUAUAACUGCUCUUCUUGAAAACCUUGAGUUUCUACUGCAAUCCGAUCCACAUCCCAUCCUUCAUUACAAGGAACAAGUUGAGUUUCUCCACGACAAAGUCAAUCUUCUGCGAGGCUUUCUGGAGGAAUCUGAGAAGAGAUAUGAUCGUGGAAGCAUGAAACAUUUGGAACUGGAGAUCAGAGAUGUGUUCUAUAAAGCAAGAAAAGUCAUUGAUUCAAAACUGUUAAAUGUUUAUGCAGCCAAAAGUGCAAAAAGUUGGAAAAAGGCUCGGAGGAUCCUUCGCCGGAGUUUGCGAAAAUUAACAGAGAAAGUUGAUUUUAUACUGAAAAAACUCAAUAAAAUUAGUCAAAAAAGAAAGAAUGCUGCCAGCGCAGAUUUACAAGCUGGAGAACCUGUGCUUGGCGGUUUAUCUCGCCGUGUAUACAUGGAAAACCAUGUUGUGGGUCUUAAUAAUGACUUGCAAAUAGUUAAAGAUCGACUCACUCAGUCACCUUUGAGACUGGAAACGAUCCCCAUAGUAGGGAUGGGAGGCGUAGGAAAGACAACUCUAGCUAGAAGACUUUAUGAGGAUCCUUCUAUUGUACUUCACUUUCAUGUUCGUUUGUGGGUAACUGUUUCUCAAGACUUUCAAAUCAGAAUACUUUUGCAAGAUCUUUGCCAGCUUGGUAAUGAUAAUGAGAUGAAUAAUGCAGACUUAGCUGAGCAUCUAUACAAAAGUUUAAAGGGCAGGAGGUAUCUAAUUGUUUUGGAUGAUAUUUGGUGUACUGAGGCAUGGGAUGCUGUAAAAAGCAUUUUUCCAGAUGAUAACAAUGGAAGUAGAAUCAUAUUAACUAGCCGGCUCAAGGAGGUGGCUGUUCAUGCUAACCAUGAAAAACCUCAUCACAUCAAGCUUUUAGACCCAGUUGACAGUUGGAAAUUACUGCAUCAGAAGUUGUUUGUUGAUGAAAGAUGCCCCCAAGAGCUGGAGGAAGUUGGAAAAGAAAUUGCAGCAAAAUGUCAAGGACUACCUCUGGCAAUUGUUGUGGUUGCAGGGUAUCUCCUAAAAAUUGACAGGACACGAGAUUGCUGGGAUAAUUUUGCGGAUAGUGUGGCUUCGUAUGUAACUGGAGACCCACAACAGUGUUUAGACAUAAUUGCAUUGAGUUACAACCAAUUACCUCCUCCUUUGAAAGCAUGCUUCCUUUAUUUUGGAGCCUUCCCUGAAGAUCGUGAAAUCCCAGUGUCAAGACUGAUUUACUUAUGGGUUGCUGAGGGGUUUCUAAAGCAAGUGACAGGGAAAAGCUUGGAAGAGAUAGCUGAAGAAUGUUUGAUGGAUCUCAUCGAUAGAAACUUAAUUCUGGUCAGGAGAGUGUCCUAUGGCAGAAUAAAAACAUGUAUCAUCCAUGAUAUAUUGCGGGACUUGUGCUUGAGGGAAGCUGAGAAAGAAAAUUUCAUGCACGUGGUUAAUCACAACAGCCAUGUUUUUCAUGAAGGCAAAACCAAUGCGCAACGUCUCAGUUUCCAUAUGGAUUGUAGCUUCCCCAUUCUUUCUACCACUCACAUAGAUUCUGUUCUGUGCUUUAGUCGUUUUUCAAUGUACUCCUGUUUCAGGCACUCUGCAUUCAAGCUGCUCAAAGUGUUGGACAUCAUCCGCUCUGCAUUAAAUUGUUUCCCUGUUGAGAUUCUACAACUUGGUAACUUGAGAUUCCUUGCGUUAUCAGUCACUGAGCUUCCAUCAACUAUAUCCCACCUUUGGAAUUUGCAAACUCUGGUUCUUAACAUUUAUUCUGGAUGCACGACAUUACCAUGGAAACUGUGGACAAUGCAGCAGCUAAGGCAUCUCCAUUUCAAUUUCUGCAGUUUUCUGCCCAAUCCUGCAGGGGCAGAAAUUAAUGGACAAGGCGAUUUAGUCCUGCGGAACCUACAAACACUCUCCAAAUUGAGCUUCUCAAGUUGUACCAUGCAAGUAAUUGCUAGCCUUCCAAAUCUAAAGAAGUUGGGAUUAUAUGAAACUGCAGAAGCACACGUAACUGAAAAACUUUGGCUUGAUCGUGUCUUCCCAUCUGGUAACUUGAUUAGUUCAGUUUACCCCAUUCAGAGCAACUGCUGGUCCUAUAUCAGUAAUGUUGCUCAACUACAUCAACUUGAAAUAUUAAAACUGAACUUUAUAAACUUAUUUGCUGAAGAAAGACAAUGGGUUCCCUGUGUGGAUGAAUUUCCACCAAACCUGAAGAAGUUGACUCUAAGUUCCAGCUACCUACCAUGGAAAGAUAUGAAUGUUCUUUCUAUGUUGCCUAAUCUUGAAGUGCUCAAACUGAAAAAUAAUGCAUUUGUAGGAUCAGACUGGGAACAAUAUGAAGAGGGGUUUUCCCAGCUAAAGUAUUUGCUUAUUGAUAAGACAGAUCUUGUCCAUUGGAGAGCAACCAGUACUCAAUUUCCUAGUCUUAAGCACCUUCGCCUUUUUCGCUGCCGCUGCCUUAGAGAAGUUCCUCUUGAUUUUGCUGAAAUUCCUUAUCUCCAGAUAAUUGAUGUAUACGGUUCCUAUGAUGCUGUUAGGUCAGUUAUGCAAAUUAAACAAGAACAAGAAAGUGUGGGAAAUGAUGAUCUCCUUGUUCGUUUUGACUCUGCAGUUUAAGAAGAGGAAUGAGACAUUGUUUCUCACUGGGAAGUUUCUAAAAGUAGGACAAGGCUACCUCCAAAUAGACAUCCCAGGAAGAUGCUCGUAAAAAUAUGAAAAAGGGCCACAAGACUGCAUCUUGCACACAUCCUCAGUAAGAUUACAGAAAUUUCAUUUAACUUGACACUGUUGAUAGAGGAUGCAUCAGCAUCCAGUAGGUGUACAAUGGCAGACUGCAUCUUGCACACAUCCUCAGUAAGAUUACAGAAAUUUCAUUUAACUUGACACUGUUGAUAGAGGAUGCAUCAGCAUCCAGUAGGUGUACAAUGGCAUACUUUAAGCAUGCGUUUAUAAUAAUGACAUCUUGUUUUACUUGGAAAUACUGCUUUUCUGUUGUUUCACUUCAUAGGGUCACCUUUUAUUUAGCUUAGGAAAGAUAAAAAGUUGGUGCAUUGUGAACGUUUUGAAAAGUUGGUUAUCUUCUGUUCUUCUAUAGCAGUGCCUCUCUUUUGCUUCCUCAAGCUAAUGCUGUUAAUUAUUUGUUUAUAUGAAUCAAGUAGAUCUGUUGUAACACCCUGCGCCCACGGGCUGGCCCAAUAACUUUUUGAGCUGAAACCACGAGCUCAGAGUGGUUAACCCAAAGUUAUUAGUAACCCAACGGGGCGGACAUUAUUUCCUUUCCUUUUCCUUCUCCAUCCCGACGCGGGAUGGAUGUAUGGGGUAUCACACUCACCCCCACCUAAGGACUUUGCAUCCUCGCAAAGCCUGUACGUCUGUCCGACAUUAGGAUGGAGAAGGAAAAUGAAAGGGAUUAUAACGUCCGGCCCGUUGGGUUACUAAUAACUUUUUGUUAACCAUUUUGAAUUCGUGGUUUCAGCUCAAAAAGUUAUUGGGCCAUCCCGUGGGCAUGGGGUGUUACAUCUGUAGAAAAUAGGAGCUGAAAGUACUUUAGUACUCUUUUUAUAGUUGUCUGAAUGACCAGCAGUAAUCCUCUUAAAGGAGAUAGUCAUCUUAAUAUUGCUACAUUUUGAAGAUACUUUAUAUGUUUCUCAGAAGUAGGUGGGAUUAUCAAUCUUUAUAGGGAGAUCUACAUGAUACCUCUUGAAACGAUAUUGAAGUUUGGUAAUUAACGUCUCAAUUGUUCUCAUUUCUUUGUAUAGUAUACACAUGAUUUACUGUCUUAUCAGAAAAUAAAAAGUAAGAAAAUGAAAAAAGUCCAAGCUUUAUAAACUACCUAUAGAAGUCACUUAGGAUGUUCUUUCCAUGUGGUUCUCAAAGCUAUCCACUCGUGGAGGAGAUAUGGACAAGUAAAUGAGAAGGAAAUUUGAACAAUGACUGUUAAGACUUUAGGUGACUCAGAUUUCUGUUUCUUCUGUUUCCAUUGCAUGUGAACCUGUCCAGUGAAGUUGUUGGCUCCCCCAAUUCUUCUCCUGGCUUAAUUACUUCAACAUACCACAAUUAGAAAAGAUGUGAUUGAGUUGCUUGGCCUUGAAUUCCUCUAGGUGCAAUUACCUAAGAGCUGGUAUACUUCAGGUUGCAUCACCUGGGAAUUUCGGCUGUUUCCAGAGUGAGAAAGAUGGCUUUAUCUUAGUAACAACGAGGAUAGACAAAAGCCAAUUGCCAGAUCAAGCAGUUUACUACUUGAAAUUUGAUUAUUUUCUUAUUGAUCCAGAAACAAGUGUACUCAUUGCCUUCACCUUCAUCUCGUACAAUUUGAUUGCCUGACUGACUAGUAUACUUGCACGGAUGCCUUUUAUUUUGUCCUAAAUUUUUUAACUCUAUGAACUUAUUUACACCUUUUGCCAUCAAGCCUUUUCCUGUAAUGUUAAUUGUAUUGUGCCUUGAGGACAUAUUUUUGUCAAGCUAUAUGAUAUUCUUCCUGCUGGUCAUCUGUAAGGUAGUACAGAACAUUGAAAAUCAUAGGUGAUUAAUCUCACAGACAAAUCUCAGUUAUGUUUUUGUCUUGUACUGAUUUGUUUGCCUAUCUAACUCUGGUGCACAAUUUGUUAAUUUUUGUUGAUGGAAUGUUGGUACAUGGUGGAAUGGUUAGUUGGUCUGUAGUCCAACUAAAUGAAAUCACCCCUUCUUUCAGAGCUGAAGAAAGCUGCCUUUCAUAUGAUGCAGGUUUUGAAAGAAGAUUUAGGAGUAUAUCUCUGCAAUUUUCUAUCUUUGACCAUGUAUUUGAGAAGGUUAGUAGCAGUCACUUUGUAGCAAAAAGGAAUGAAAACAGUGGGAUGGAUGGGAUUCUGUAGGGGAAUUGGAUUGCUAAGAGACAAGAACAACAAGAGACUUGAACCGAUUAGUAGCGAAGUAAAUUUGUUCGCUCUACUUGGGAUGGCUUCUGAUCUUGUAUGAUCAAAUUCUGAUGUACUUGCAAUGUGAUUUCUGUCAUCUAUCUAGAUUUACAAUUACCAGUUGCCUAUGGUUAAAAUAAAACAUACAAAUUGGAUCAAAACUCCUUGGUGUCUAAACUGUUAACCUUUUGCAGUUGGUUAAAAGUUAAUCCAAGUUUGAAUUAAAGUAAAUUAAUGUGAUUGAUUUUAAUGGUCAGGUUUCUGGAUUGCCAUUUCAAUUUGCCCCCUUGAGAUAUGCUAGAUCAACGAGUGCUGCACUCUCUCUGUGGUUGAUGAGACGCCAAAGACGCGUAUCUGUGUUUGCUGCAUAAGGGAACAAUGCCAUCACACCCCAGCAUAAAAUUCAACGUAAGAUGAUUUUACUUCCUAUAGGGGAUUGUGUUUGUCGCUAAACCAUAUUGGUGUUUGGUACCUUCAGAUUUAAUCUUAUAAGUAGGAUUAGUGUAACAGAAUCUCUGCAGGAGCAAGUGUAUUAUAAAUCCUUGUCACGUGUUCAACGAGAACUUGUAAAUUUUAAGAUACUUUUUAUGUGUCAAAACUCUUGAAUCGUUUGUAUAAACUAGAACUUUAUAUUUAA